UUCAGUUUUCUUUCUUUCCACGACACUCCCUGCUCGCUCAUCACGCACUGCGCAUGUUAUCAAACGUCACCCUCCCUUUCCACUGUGUAUAAAAAGGAGGAGGAGAAGGAGAAGAUGCUCAUUCCUCAGAUCCUCUUAGAUUCUGAAACCCUGAUGAAUCCGGAAAAAUAAUCUUGAAUUCUCUUCCUAAAAUUCAAAGCUUUCGCGCCAAAAAGAAGUCAUGAAAUUAGAAAGCUCGGAGGUCGAGAUCUGUGCGGCGGUUGUCGGAGCUCCAUCUCCGACCGGGCAGAUCUCGUUGGUGGCUAAGGUUCAGGGGAGCGUUGAUGAAGCUGAUAGAGAUGGAGAAGAGCUGUUCGUGCCGCCUCUGAACUUCGCGAUGGUUGAUUGUGGCGUUUUCAGGUCUGGUUUUCCCGAUACUGCCAACUUCACCUUCUUGCAGACGCUUGGCCUUCGUUCGAUCAUAUAUCUCUGCCCUGAGCCUUAUCCUGAACCGAACAUCGAGUUUCUCAAAUGUAAUGGAAUUCGGCUCUUCCAGUUCGGGAUCGAUGGAUGUAAGGAGCCUUUCGUAAACAUCCCAGAGGACACAAUUCGUGAAGCAUUGAAAGUGGUCCUUGAUAAAAGAAAUCACCCACUCCUCAUUCAUUGCAAACGAGGGAAGCACCGCACUGGUUGCCUUGUGGGAUGCUUAAGAAAGCUGCAACGAUGGUGCCUGUCUUCAAUUUUUGAUGAGUACCAGAGGUUUGCUGCCGCCAAAGCUAGAAUAUCAGACCAGAGGUUUAUGGAGUUGUUUGAUAUUUCCAGCUUCAAGCACUUGCCAAUGACAUCUCCACCUUCUAGGAGGUGCCAAAGCUAAAAUACCAGAGUAGAGUUUCUGGAGUCUUCCUUUUUUUUUUCUUUUUUUCUUUUUGAAGAUUACAAAAAAAAAAAAAAAACUAGAGAUACCAUACAGACCGCCUGCGUAAAAGAGUAGUAGUUGAAACAAUUCAAAAUAUCCAUUGGGAUGGAUUGAGUUUUGAGUUGUUCGUUGAUGCGUAGUGAUUCAUAGGGAUGGAUUGAACUGGCAUUGAGUUUGAGUUGGGGUGUCUGCGUAGAGAAAAUUAUAAUAAAGUUCCUGUCCCAAAACAAAA